CUUUGUUUUUUUAGCGUUUAUAUUGAUAUCCAACGAAAGAGAAAAAUCCGAAGCGAAAGGAAGGAGCAUCGUCGCGUCGCCGCCCGUCGUCCCUCGGCCUGCCGGCAAUUGCGUGGGAUCGAGGGAAGAAGGUUCCUCGUCGGACCCUUCGUCAGAUCUGACGUUUCCGUCGCGAGAUCCGUCGUCCAGUGCGGGAUUUACCCUUGCAUUUUACUAGUUCGGCGACCGGUUCGUCUCGGUUCCGAAGAAUGAGGUGAGCAAUCUUCUCCGUGGGCUCUGGAGGUUGAUUGACGGUGGGCGGUUUGGUUUCGUGGAUCGAGGAGUGAAGAGAUGGGCGAACUCGGGGGGUUCCAGUUAGGGACCGUCGGCGCGCUGAGCCUGUCGGUGGUGUCGUCGGUGUCGAUUGUGAUAUGUAACAAGGCGUUGAUGAGCUCGCUUGGCUUCAUAUUCGCUACUACCUUGACAAGCUGGCACCUAUUGGUUACCUUCUGUUCUCUUCAUGUGGCAUUGUUGCUAAAACUAUUUGAGCACAAAGCUUUUGAUCGGAAGGCUGUCAUGGGUUUUGGAAUUCUCAACGGAAUCUCCAUAGGUCUAUUAAAUUUAAGCUUGGGCUUCAACUCUGUUGGCUUCUAUCAGAUGACAAAACUCGCAAUCAUUCCUUGUACUGUCUUCUUGGAGACUGCUUUUUUGUCAAAGAAGUUUAGUCGGUGUAUCCAACUCUCACUAUCUGUCCUCCUAUUCGGUGUUGGAAUCGCAACUGUGACAGAUCUGCAGCUUAAUUUGCUUGGAUCUGUAUUAUCUCUCCUAGCAAUUGUUACAACUUGCAUUGCACAAAUUAUGACAAACACAAUACAAAAGAAGUUCAAGGUCUCUUCUACUCAACUUUUGUAUCAAUCCGUUCCUUAUCAAGCUUUAACGCUCUUUGUAUCCGGACCAUGUCUUGAUGGGCUCUUGACAAACCAGAAUGUGUUUGCAUUUGACUACACUCCUCAAGUUACGAUUUUCAUUGUGCUUUCAUGCCUAAUAUCAGUCUCAGUCAACUUCAGCACAUUUCUUGUGAUUGGAAGGACAUCACCUGUGACGUAUCAAGUUCUUGGUCAUCUCAAAACAUGCUUGGUUUUGGCGUUCGGUUAUGUCUUACUUCACGAUCCAUUCAGUUGGAGAAAUAUAUUUGGGAUCUCAGUUGCAAUUGUUGGUAUGGUUUUGUAUUCUUAUUUCUGCACAAUUGAGGGCCAGCAAAAAGCUCGGGAAACCUCGUCCCAAAUGUUACAGCUCCAUGCUCCUCCGCCCCAACCUAUCAUUUCUACAAUGUUUUCUCUACUCAAAAAACAUGCCAUCGAUCAAUUAUCAAGCCCUUCAAGUGAAAGAUGAUGAAUCUGAACCUUUGAUCCGAGUUGAAGCUGGAGCUGCGAUAAACAGUGACGGUCCUUUGCCAACACCAGUAUGGAGCUCUGACAAAGAUUUGCGCGCCUGAGUACUGCUCCAAUGUACAGAAUCAUACCUGCAGAUCUCAACUCUUAGUGUGUAGCGGCGGUUGGAAAAGAAGACUCCAACAUUCUUCGAGGUAGGGAACGACUCUGCAUUCAAUUUCGAAGGCAUUUGUUUACACAAAUUCUCAUGCUGAGUCUUAUUGAGAUUCACACCGAAUAUUAGCAGAGAAUGCCAAUUGUUCUUCUGCAACAUUUGUAACUCAAACGAUUUGCAGUUACACUCUGAAAAUGAACUGAGAACCAGCUCUUUAUUCGUACAACUAAAUGCAGGUCUGAUGAUUCUUUGAUUCUUA